AUGGCAGCACCUCUUGCAUCUCUGUGCAGGACAGGGGCAGAAACCAGUCUCCUGAAAAUAAACCAAGGGCUUCAAUUCCAGCUGGAAAAAAGCAAGCAGGACUUCUGAGACCUUAAGAAGAAAUUCUUUAUAUCUGAAGCUACUGCCUACUUCCUGGCCAACCAACUGUAGAAAUACAAGUGUGAACAGUCCACCAACAUCAUUGAAUCCGUGCUGGGGAAGGAGAUGGUGUUUGAGAUGGGCAAGCAGGCAGACACGUUGGCUGAGAAGCUCAGGCAAUAUCAUAUCCUAGUUAAAGAUCAGGAUAAAGAGCUGACCCGUUUGUAUGAGAAGCUAGAGGAAGGGAAAGAUGUUUCCCAACUACUCAAUAAGUACCUCGAGGACCUCUUCACCCAAAAUGACAAUGAGCAUUGCCAAGGACAGGACUUCCAAGAGCAAAUGGCUGAGGGACACAGGCAGGCCAAGUGCCUUAAAGCCACACUGUCUGAUCCUCCUGGUGUGGUCUUCUCUCAUUCCUGUGUUAUGCGGCACAGCAGGGAGCUGCAGGAAGUUGAGAAGAAGGAAGUCCCACAGGACACAGAGGAUGAAUGUGUUCUGACUCCUUCAACUCUGCAAGAAGGGUGUGACAGUGACCAGUCUUACAGUGAUGGCGAGUUCCCAUUAAAUGAACAGGAAUUAGGCUCUGCUCCAGAUUUAGCCUGUGAAUGCUCCCAUUCCAAAAGGGAUGAAACUCCAUGUAAAACCCCAAAUGGAUCAGGAUGGACUGAAAGGACAGGAGUCAGUUGCCCCCAGGUUAACCUCUUUGCUUUCUGGACCACUCCCUUCUGCCCUCCCUCAAAGCCAGACAAGACAGAGAAUUCAGAUCCCUCUGAGGUUAAUGUUCAGUUGUCCCCACCAUGCAGGCUCAGCAAACAUCUGCUAGAGGUGGUAGAGAAGGACACCUCAUGGGACUCUCCGGAUGAAUGCUACUUGACAUACUCAGUGCUUCCUGACCUGUCUGACUCCUACUGGCCUUACAAGAGCACCACCAUCUUCUCACCUGAGAACCCAGAAGUCUGUUCCUCUCUGGAAGGGGCCAAAAAUCAAUUCCAUUGUGAGGAGAAAGAAGACCAAGACUUCGUAGGUCCCAGGCUCAGCAUGAUGCUGCCAGAAGUGGAAGAGCAGGAUGCCCAAGGGGACUCACUGGGUGAAUGCUCUUUGACUGAUUCACCCCCUCCUGAAUCGUCUGACCAGCAUGCAACUUAUAGGAGGGCUGACAUCAACUCAUUUAAAGAUCUGGACAUCUGUUCUGCUCUGGAAUUAACUAGCGAGUGCUCCACUGUCAAGGAAGUCAUAAUGAUCUUUUGGAGGAAGAAGACCAAGACCUGAUUUACCCCAGUCCUCCUAGUGACAGAAGGCUCCACAGGGAGCUGCCAGUGACAGAAGAAAAUGAAGUCCCACAGAGGUCACUGGACAAAUGUUAUUUGACUUCUUCAGUUGGCCAGGACCUGCCAGACACCUGGAGGCCUUCCUUAUACAAGUGCCUCAUCCACAUGUGAAAAGCAAGAAACCUUCUUGGAUCUGCAUGAGAUGAGCUGGCUUUGGAUGCUUCAUCUGCAUAAAGAACCCUCCCAAGCCUGAGUGUGAUGCUGGUGAGGACUCAAGGGAUGGCCGGGAUGCGUGUCUAAUCUUUGGCCACAUGAAAAUCCUCAGUGUCAUGAAACAGAAGAUUCCCAAAAGAAAACUGUAGUUUGACAAGGGGAGACAAGCAUAUAGAUUCCGUGGCCUUUAAGCUUAGGGUGCAGAGCUGGUGCUACCUCUGUUUCACACGGGGGCUGUCACCCGGCUGGUCCUUCCAUCUCCAUCACCUGGUUGCCUCUGAACUCUGCUGUGUUCCUGCAGGGGCUGUCCUGAGAUUCCCUCACCCCUCUCCUCGAGGCCAUGGGGAAGCAGGCCCUAUGGCCCUCCUCAGCAGAGCAGCAUUAUUUCCACCCAUCAAACACUUAGAACUUGGCCUGAAAUUACACUCUUUCUUGGCUUCUUUGCCUUCCUUCCCUGCUUCUCCAAUUGCAAGGCUUCGUUCUCCCAGGACCAUUGUCUUAAUGAGUCACUUGCAGAAGCAUUCUCCUCCUGGGAUACUCAGGGAAUCUGAACUAGGAGGACACAGAACCCUCAACUUCUCCAUGUGAAUAAGACGUGUUAAAACUGACAAGAAAGAACCCCCAAGGCAAAAUCUAAUGAGAACCCAAGUCUCAGCUGGGAGUGUCACACAGGACCAGCUGGAGUCAG